UUAAUUCAUGAGUUGUAGGGAGGGAUUUAUGUCACCACAAACAGAGACUAAAGCAAGUGUUGGGUUCAAAGCUGGUGUUAAAGAUUAUAAAUUGACUUAUUAUACUCCUGAGUAUGAAACGAAAGAUACUGAUAUCUUGGCAGCAUUCCGAGUAACUCCUCAACCUGGAGUUCCUCCGGAAGAAGCGGGUGCCGCGGUAGCUGCCGAAUCUUCUACUGGUACAUGGACAACUGUUUGGACCGAUGGGCUUACCAGUCUUGAUCGUUACAAAGGACGAUGCUACAACAUCGAGCCGGUUGCUGGCGAAGAAAAUCAAUAUAUUGCCUAUGUAGCUUAUCCUUUAGACCUUUUUGAGGAAGGUUCUGUUACUAACAUGUUUACUUCCAUUGUAGGUAAUGUAUUUGGGUUCAAGGCCCUUCGCGCCCUACGUCUGGAAGAUUUGCGAAUCCCUAUCUCUUAUAUUAAAACUUUCCAAGGUCCGCCUCAUGGCAUCCAAGUUGAAAGAGAUAAAUUACAAAAGUAUGGUCGCCCCCUAUUGGGAUGUACUAUUAAACCAAAAUUGGGGUUAUCCGCGAAGAAUUACGGACCAUAUACCCAUAUAUAA